CAAAAAGUCAAAAAUCAAAAAUAAAAAGUCACUCAUACUUUUUAAGCAAAAUAAUCAUCGAAACAGCGCAAUGAAGCCUGACGAGUUCCUCGCGCUUUACCAGCCGCUCACCACGCCAUCGGGUGUCGUCGCUGCCAAGCGCGCAAUCGUUGCUGAGGCACAGGCUUCGCUUGCCGCAGCGUUGGCUGCAGCAUCUCAGCUGCUGGGGAGCGAUGCAGGGCGGUCGGCUGCAGGCGGCGGCAACGGCGAUGCGGCGACAAGCAGCGCAGGAGCACCAGGCGUGCCAUCGGGCGCUCCGGCAGCUGUCGCGGCGCCCGCCACAAAUGCACAACUACCCGUCCCGCAUCCAGUGUUCAAGCGAGGUGUCCGCGCACUCGUCAAGUGGGUCGACAAUAGCUACUAUUCAGGCACCGUGGUUGCUGUGACCGGGAAUAACGAGUUCAAGGUUUUAUUCGAUGAUGGCGACUCACUUGUUGUGCCUCUCCAUCACUUGAAGUCAACGAAGCAAAAAACACCGGCCAGUAGUGCCUCUGCAGCAGCUGCCAACACAUCUACCAAUACUGCACAGGUUCCACAAGCCAAACGAAACGCUUCCUCCACCAUCGAGCCAAUGGAGACACGCAAACGACAGCGCAUGAAUCAAGAUUCAGACACCGACACCCGCUCACCAACGAUUGAAUCGAGACCUUCACGGUUCCCAACGAUGGCUCUGGCAGAACGCCCACGACGCCGCGUCAGUGCUCACCACAGCAGUGAAGACGAUGCUGCAAAUGGUAUUCACUCGGAUGGCUCUGAUGAUGACCGACGCACCAGUCGGUCAACGAAGGAUCGGCUCCCUUCAGCGCGCUUGCAAACGCAACUUGCCAUUGCUGCAUCCCGCGAGACAGACCAGCUGGAGCGGCUCGAGCGCGCUGGCAACUCCCUGUCGGACUCGUACAUGGAGUUUGUCAGCAAAGACGCGAGCCCGGCGGUCGUGGAGGUGGUGCGAAAGCGGCGCGACAAGGCGCGUCAGCUGCUGCUCUCCCAGAACAUUCAGCUCAAGCUCGCCGACACCGUGUUGCAGCGGAGCAUGCACCUGUUCAGCGCUCUGGAUGACGGUGCUCGGAAUCUCGUCGACGAGGAAAACUGGGACGGCAUGGUGGCCGCUUGCUUGGUGCAGGCAGUGCGUGAGAACAACCCGAGCGUAUCCAUUGGCGAUUUCAUCCAAUCUGCAGGCCUGAGCAAUCUCAAGCAAGAAAUCUCCCGCGGCCUUAAGCUCGUUGCAGUCGAAGCAGAGACGCCAAACCCCGAGCCCGGUCCAAGGUAUCUCGCGCAGCUGGACGUGGACAGUGUUCGCAAAUGGGGUCUCGCAAUGUGGCGAAAUGCACGCAACCACCCCGAUCUGCGCGACCGGCAGCCAAUCCACCUGGCGAUUGGCGUGGCGGCGCUGCUUUGCGAGGGCAUCGAGCGGCGCAAACUGCUGUCAGACAACAUUUCUGUGACCACCAUCCGCAAUGCCGGCGAGGCUUUGCUGCCUUACCUUGAAGUGAUCAAGCCCCGUGACGCCAUGCUGCCCAAGACAAGCGUGCUAGAGUCGUUGCGAGCGCAGCAAAAGUCGGCAGUGUACAGUCAGUCGCGUGCUCAAUUCCAGGACGCGGUCGCCGAACGGCUCAAGGGCGAGGCUCAUGCGCCCGUUCUUCGAACCAACAAACGGGCCCAGCGGUUUGCCGCUCUUGAAAACAAUACCCGAGGCGUCCAGUCACAGCAAAAGCCAUCGCAGCAGCAAGCGGCGCAACAGCAUCAACCCUCGCAGCAGCAAGCGCAUCAACACCCGCCCCAAAAUCAAGUUGCGCAACAGCAGCAACAGCAGCAGCAACAGCAGCAACAGCAUCUCCAGCAACAGCAGCUGCAAAUGCGCCAAGCCGCUCAAGCAGCUCAGGUGCAGGCAGCUCAGGUGCAAGCAGCUCAGGUGCAAGCAGCUCAGGUGCAAGCAGCUCAGGUGCAAGCAGCUCAGGCAGCGCAUUACCAAGCAGCAAUGCAAAUGCAACAGCAGCAGCAGCAACAACAACAGCAACAACAACAACAACAACAGCAGCAACAGCAGCAGCAGCAACAGCAACAGCAGCAAGCGUACCCUCAGCAGUACAUGUUCGUCCCUCCCCAGUUCACGGGUUAUUAUGGCUACGGCAACUAUGUGUACCCGCAGGGCAUGUACGAACAAUACGGCAUGAACAUGGCCGGACAGGUCUGGGGCUGGAUGCCAGAACAAAUGCAGCAGGCACAGCACCCCGCACAGCAGCAACAGCCUCCAACCUAAGUUUGUUGCCCGUUCCUCCAAGGCUUUUCUGACUUGUUCCAGAUGGGUUUCAAAUGGUUCACUUGCUUUCGCUGUUUCUCUGACAGGUGGAGCAACUUGUGUGUCACAUUCUUAUUGUUCACUCCAAAUUACAAGGAUUUUCCAAUGAACUUCAGAGUAGAGCCU